UUUUAAGCCGCGGAGCCGCCGCCUCCUGCCGGUGGAGUCGGUUACAAAGGGAGCUGCCGGCUAGGCUACCGCACUGCUGCCCGCCGAGGCCUCCGUGCCCCUCGCCAGUUUUCAGCCGGCGGGUCGCAGCGGCGGGGAGAGGCGGAGCCGCGAGAGCGCGGCCCGGGCCGGCCCCGCGGGGCGGUCGCGGCCGUGACGGCGGCUCCGGGCCGGGCUCCCCUUCCGCACCCCUCCUGCUGGAGAUGAGGGGAAGAUGUCCGUGUCAGGGCUCAAGGCCGAGCUGAAGUUCCUGGCGUCCAUCUUCGACAAGAACCACGAGCGAUUCCGCAUCGUCAGCUGGAAGCUGGACGAGCUGCAUUGCCAGUUCCUGGUGCCUCCGCCGGCGUCGCCAGGCAGCCCCCGCUCGCCGCCGCCGCCGCUCACACUCCACUGCAACAUCACGUGCACAGAGAUGAAGAAUACUGUGACUGCUGGUAUUGGUGUUACUGUCUUCACUGAUGCUAAGGAAUCCUACCCAUCUUCUUCACCCAUAUGGUUUGUGGACUCUGAUGACCCCAAUCUGACAUCAGUUCUGGAACGUCUAGAAGAUACAAAGAACAACAAUUCGCUUCGUCAGCAGUUGAAGUGGUUGAUAUGUGAACUCUGCAGAUUAUAUAACCUUCCUAAGCACCUGGAUGUUGAGAGCCUAGAUCAGCCACUACCCACGGGUCAGAAUGGAACAACAGAAGAAGUGACUUCAGAAGACGAGGAAGAGGAAGAGAUGACCGAAGAUAUAGAAGACUUAGAUCACUAUGAGAUGAAGGAAGAAGAGCCUAUUAGUGGGAAAAAGUCUGAGGAUGAAGGUAUUGAAAAAGAAAAUUUGGCAAUAUUAGAGAAAAUUAGGAAGACUCAACGGCAAGACCAUUUAAAUGGUGCAGUGUCUGGGUCAGUACAAGCCUCAGAUAGACUUAUGAAAGAGCUCAGGGACAUAUACAGAUCACAGAGUUAUAAAACAGGGAUUUAUUCAGUGGAACUCAUAAAUGACAGUUUAUAUGACUGGCAUGUAAAACUACAGAAGGUUGACCCAGAUAGUCCUUUGCACAGUGAUCUUCAGAUCUUAAAAGAAAAAGAAGGCAUAGAAUAUAUUUUGCUUAACUUCUCUUUUAAGGAUAACUUUCCAUUUGAUCCUCCGUUUGUUCGAGUGGUGUUACCUGUUCUCUCAGGAGGGUACGUCUUGGGUGGAGGAGCAUUAUGUAUGGAACUUCUCACAAAACAGGGCUGGAGCAGUGCCUACUCAAUAGAGUCCGUCAUCAUGCAAAUAAAUGCCACCUUAGUAAAAGGCAAAGCCAGAGUACAGUUUGGAGCAAAUAAGCCUUGAAAUACAGAGAAAAACCGGCUAAAAACCCCAGGGGGAAAUUGACAAAUCUACCACUAUAUUUGGAGACUUCAGUAUAUUCUGCUUAUGGUAAGUUAAACAGACUGUCAAAAUACAGAUUUGAGUAACCAAUUAACAGGUAUGGUCUAGUGGAUAAACAUAGAACUCUAUAUUCAAUAAUCAGAUAUUGUCUGUCCUUGUCAAGUAUCUAUGGAAAAUAGGGGGAAAAGUUCUCCAUGUAUUCAUAAAGUAAUGAAGUCCAAAGAUUUAAAAACAAUUCCUUCCAUAUAUGUUAAUAAUUUGAAUAUGAUGCAAGUAACGUUAGAAGGUGUAAUGAUAAGGGACUGAUAAAAACCUACGUGAAUUUGGAAACGAAACAUCUAUUUUUAGUUUUGUGGGUGGUUUUUUUUUUUUUGGGGGGGGGGGGAGACAGUCUUACUCUGUUUCCUCAGGCUAGAGUGCAGUGGCAUCCUAGCUCACAGCAACCUCAACUCUUGGGCUCAGCAGUCCUCUUACCUCAGCCUCCUGGGUAGCUGGGACUACAGGUGUCCACUGCAACACCUGGCUAGUUUUUCUGUUUUUAGUAGAGACAGGAUCUCACUCUUGCUCAGGCUGGUCUUGAGCUCCUGAGCUCGGGUGACCCACCUGCCUCAGCCUCCCAUAGUGCUAGGAUGACAAGGUGUGAGCUACCAUGCCUGGCAUAAACAUACUUCUAAAUUUUGGUUUAAAGAAAUCAAAUGAAAAUUUAGAAAUACCUGGAAUUGAACCAUAAUUAAAAUACUAAAAUUCUGUUAGUUCUUCACUACCUCUCUCUCCCUUUCCCUCUGUUUUGAAUAUUCUCACCCUGUUAUCUGAAACAAUCAUGAAGCUAAUUCUAUUCAAUGAAGAAAACCUCAAAUUCUAGAAAGUAAGAAAGGACAGAUGUCUCAUUCUUUGAUUUAAUUAAAUAAAACCAUAAGUUAUAACAAAACCAGAAAAAUGUUUCUUUGUGGAAUUUUAAAAUUCACUUAAAUACCCUUAAGUCAAAAGGGAAUUUGAAAUUAAAACUGCAGAUUGUAUGGAGAUUAAUAAUACAGUCAUUACUUACCAAACUAAAAGAGAGCUCAGAGAAAUAUUCACAACCUUAAAAUCCUUAUUAAAAAAAAAUGAAAAAAGUAUGGAGAACCUUCAAAGAACUCAAAAUAGACCUUCCAUUUUAUCCCACAGUCCCAUUACUAGUCAUCUUUCUAAAAGAAAAAAAAAAAUUUAUCAUAAGGACAUUGAUACUGGAUUGUUUAUUGCAGCUUAAUUUACAGUCACCAAGAUGUAGAAACAACCUAAAUGUCCAUCAACCCAGGAAUGGAUUAAUAAACUGGUAUAUGUAUACCAUGGAAUACUAUUCAGCCAUCAAAAAUGGAGACUUUACAUCUUGUAUAUUAACCUGGAUGCAGUUGAAAUUAUUCUUCUUAGUAAAGUAUCACAAGAAUGGAGAAGCAAGUCUCCAAUGUACUCAAUAGUAAUAUGAAGCCAAUAGAUGAUCUAACAGACACCCUCACAAUGAGAAAAACUCAAUUCAAGACAGGGAGUGGGGUAAAGGGAAGAAGGGAGAUGGUGUGGUCCCAUUUAAUGGGCACAAUGUAAGGGUAUAUGGCAUUUUCCCAUAUAUCUCCUGGGUGUGGGACACAGCUACAAUAGGGAUUCUACCUAACAGAUGCAAACAUUGUAACCUAAUUGUACCCUCACAUUAAUCUGAAAUUUAAAAAAAAAAUAAAAGGUGUAUCAAGCCUCUUAGAAAGGAUAAUCAGGUAACCUGAAGGAAAGCAAAAAGGAGAAAUUAAUAAAGAGAUAGGCAGAAAUCAGUAAAUUAGAAAAAUGGAAAGUGCUGAAUCCCUGUUACAGCAAAGCCUAUGCAGAAACAUUCCCCUUAAACUGGACUUGUAAUACCUUGCUCUGGACAGUUGAGAAGUGGAAAGGCUGACCUUUUCUGUGUCUUGAGUGGGUGGGCAGUAGGAUUAGGAUGUCACUGCUUUACAGUCAUUUGGGAAUUUCAGUGUAUUUGUGCUUUGUCAUGUACAGACUGUUUCCAAAUUUUUCAUUUUUAUCCUUUUUUGUGAAAAUGCAGACCGAAAAACACUAGUUUUCAUUAACUUUGAGAAUGAUGCUGCAUAUUUUAUGUUUUAGUUUUUUAGGUAUGUUAUGGCAGGGCUCUGCUACAUUAAACUCGUAGAAAUUAAAAAAGACACAAUUAUCCUUAGAAAAAUGGGAAAAGGAUAUAAAAAGUCUAUUGAAAUAGAAAUAAAUGGCUUAUGAACAUAUGGAUACAUGCUCAAUCUCACUGAAUAACAGAAAUGCAAAUUAGACUACACUGAGUCCAUCUUUCAUAUGGUACAUUGCCAAAAAUCAGAGGUUUGAUGAAAUACUAUUGGUGAGGUUGUAUCAAGAUACUUUCAUAAAAGUCUGGUUGGCGAGCACAUUACAUAGUCCUGUAGAGGGCAACUUAGCAAUAUCUCAAAAUUACAAAGGCAUGUAAGUCUUUUGACCCAGCAGCUUCAUUCUAGGACAUUUUUUACCAACACUUUGCAAAUAUGUUUACAGGGUUGCUUAUUGCAACAUUGUAAUAGCAAAAUAUUGAAAACAACCUAAGUGUCUACCAAUACUGACUAAAAACUAUUUGAACAUACAUACAAUAGAAAUACCUCACUGUUUAAAAAGAGUGAAAGGUAAAGCUUUCUGUAUACCGAUAUGGAACAAGCUCCAAGAUUUAAGUGAGAAAAGAGGCAGAAUAGUGUCUGUAGAAUAUAACCGUUUGUUGGAAAGCAUGGGACAGUGACUAACAAUGGGCUGUAUGUGAGCUUUCUUACAGAAUCUUAAAGAAGGGCAUACAAGAAGCUACUACCCUGUUUUCUCGAAAAUAAGACAGUGUCUUAUUUUAAGGUGUGCUCCCAAAGAUGCGCUAGGUCUUAUUUUCAGGGGACGUCUUAUCUUUCCUGUAAGUAGGUCUUAUUUUCGGAGGAUGUCUUAUUUUUGAGGAAACAGGGUAAUAGUGAUUAACUUGAGUGGAGGAAGGUGGGUGAAUGGCGAGAACUGGGUGGUUGGAAGACAAUUUUCACUUAGAAUUUUUUUGUACAUUUUUGAUUCUUGUACUGUGUGAAUUUUACUCAAAUUCCAUGAUAUGUUAGGUAUGUACCACUAUGGUGAAUGCUCAUGAUAUAUUAAUUGGAAGUUAAGAUAUAGGCCAGUUGUACUUAGGGUGACAAAAUUAAUCCUAGAUUUGGCUCCUUAGAAAGGAUUCUACCCUGUUUCCCCGAAAAUAAGACAUCCUCUGAAAAUAAGACCUACUUACAAGAAAGAUAAGAUGUCCCCUGAAAAUGAGACCUAGCGCAUCUUUGGGAGCACACCUUAAAAUAAGACACUGUCUUAUUUUCGAGGAAACAGUAUAUUUUUACCCAAAGAAGACUCUUAGUAAUGGAUUGGUGCCAAUUAAUAGGCAUUUAGAUUUCUAUCUCAAAUUGCCGUAUGUGUAACCCUUGAAGCUUAAUGUUUAUCUGAAAGGGCUGUGUGUGUGUGUGCUUGUGAGAGUGACAUUGAGCUCCGCUUGUCAUUGUAGAAGUCAAAUGUGACUUGAGUAUUACAGUUUUAAUAACAGUUUUUUUUCUUUCUUAAGAUGUGUAUGUGUGUGUGCAUUUUUUUUUUUUCCUGUAGAAGUUUUGAGGAAGCGAGUUUAAAUUUUACUCAUGUCCACAUAGCAUCCUUUAACUUGACUCAUCAGUGUGGAGAGGAGCACUGGAGCUAGAAAGCUUGGUACUUGUCCGCUGGUAGGAAUACUUAUAGAAAUGAACUGUGACGCUUCUAAAUUUUUAUUGGGGUAUAAUUUUGGUUUUGUUAUUCUUAGAACAUUGUAAAGAAUAAUGAAAUUGAGAAAUGAGAGUAUAAAGUUAAACUUUUUUUAAAUGGAAAUACCAAUUUCCUGAGAUUUAAGCACAGCAGUGAUGCAUUCAUAAAUUUAUUUUAAUUUUCAUCUAUUACAGUUUUGAUUUAAAAUGUAUAAUUCUC